AUGUCUGGCAUGUCUGGCGCAACAACACUCAUACUAUGCGUCCUCGGCCUAUAUUCUCUGUUUUUGUCGUGGUCUUUGCUUCAAGAACGAAUCAAUACAAAGCCCUACGGUUUUGACGGAAACGCACCCAUCUUCUUUGAAGCACCCCUAAUUGUGAAUAGCAUACAAGCCCUAUUUGCUUCGCUAGUUGGAAUCGCGUAUUCCUUGAUUGCAUAUGGCCUGAACCCGUUUUUGGUGUUCAAAACUCCAAAAGGAGGAAUCAAUACCCUCUACGUUAGGAAUUUUGUGAUCAUAGCCAUCACCUCCAGUCUUUCGUCGCCAUUGGGUUAUGAGUCGUUGAAACAUGUCGACUACGUGGCCUAUCUUUUGGCCAAGUCAUGUAAAUUGUUGCCUGUGAUGUUGGUUCAUUUCAUUCUCUACCGGACCAGAUUUCCGUUCUACAAGUAUGUGGUGGCCGGGCUUGUGACCGGCGGUGUGGUUUUAUUUACUCUUGGCAAAGGCAGCGGGAAGACGCGUACUAGCAAUAAUGAUGGAAAUGUAGUCUUGGGGAUGGCACAGCUUUUGGGUUCAAUGCUUCUAGAUGGGUUCACCAACUCAACCCAAGAUCAGAUGUUUCGCGCGAAAAGCGAUUCUCGCAAACUUACGGGAGCGUCGCUUAUGUGCAUCCUCAAUGCUUUCGUGUGUUUACUUACUGUUAGCUACAUUUUGCUAUUCAAGUUCGAGCAGGAAGCUGUGUACACUAUGGCUUUCGUCAAAACAUAUCCACGGAUUGUCAUCGACCUGGUCUCUUUUGCGUUACUUGGCGCAAUCGGGCAGGUGUUUGUUUUCAUCAUCCUUGAAAAGUUCGGGUCCUUAGUACUUGUGACGUCCACCGUGACGCGUAAGAUGAUCAGUAUGAUCUUGAGUGUGGUAUUGUUUGGCCACCAUUUGACCCAACCGCAAUGGAUCGGCGUAGCAAUGGUCUUUGGGGGUAUUGGCUAUGAGGCCUAUACCAAGAUGGGUCCGAAGCCCAAGACGAAAUCGGAGUAG